AUGGCGCCCUCCAAGUCGUCUUCCUCCAAACGGGCUGCAAAGUCGCAGUCUGGGACGCGUAACCUCACCAUUCUCGCUGUCGCGCUUGCCUUGUUAACCGCUCUUUACUACUUCUUGGACUCACACUUGGAAUGGUUCUACAUCUUUUCUCCCUCCCACCUUCAGGAUCUCUCCCAGCGCGCACUUGCAGCGCAUGGCAAUGACACUCGCGCUGCCGUGGCGUUUAUCGUUGGCGAGCUGAGCGAGAAAUUGCCAGGAGGAUAUGUGAAUCUGGAUGAAGAGUGGAUCUUUAAUAAUGCUGGAGGCGCCAUGGGCGCAAUGUAUAUCAUUCAUGCCAGUAUCACGGAAUAUUUGAUCAUCUUUGGCACCGCCAUCGGCACAGAGGGUCAUUCGGGCCGUCACACCGCCGACGAUUACUUCUAUAUCUUGGCUGGCACGGAGCUUGCCUUCACGCCUGGGUCUUAUGAGCCGGAAGUGUAUCCCGUAGGCACCGUUCACCAUCUGAAGCGCGGCAACGUCAAGCAGUAUAAGAUGCCCGAGGCUUGUUUUGCGCUAGAGUAUGCCCGGGGCUGGAUUCCACCAAUGCUGGGGUUCGGGUAUGCGGAUACCUUCACCAGUACGCUGGAUUUUCCGACGUUGUGGAGAACCACGUGGGUUACGGGACGAGAGAUGGUAUCUAAUCUAGCCAGAGGGAAGAUGUAG